AUGCUUGUGACCAAGCUUUUUGCAGAGGGUGCAGUACAGAGGUCUAUCUUCAUACCCACAAUUGGUCUCCCCAAUAAUGAACUAAUGGUGAAAAGAGACUGGAAGUCAAUGAGAAUACCAAAGUUUAUGACUACUGCGGUAGAUUUUGGAAGAGAAUUGAUAAGGCGAAGAAUUAGUCUUGCUUAUGGAGGAGGCAAUGUUGGCCUACAAGGAGCUGUUGCUUCAAGAGUAUUUACCAAUGGUGGUCUCAUUAGAGGUUUCAUUCCUGGGUAUAUAGCAACACGACGGGUCUACGGACCUACAUACGGCGUAGAGCACACACUUUCCAGCAAUUACUACAAAUAUUUUGAGAUGAAUCAUGCUAUGGAAGCUUUCAUCGUUCUUCCCGGAGGAGUUGACACUAUGGAAAACGAUGCAGUGAGGCAGAACUUCAUGUCUUUGAGUCAGAGGAAACUUUUCAUUUCUUCUUUCUUUGUUGGUGAGCUUUUAGACAAGUUAGAGUUUGCUAUAGCUUUCCCGGGACCAGGGGCAUUUUUUUUGGAAGCAAAGGCUUUUGCUUCAGAGAGGGAUGGAAAAAUUGGGUUAAACUCUUGCAGAGGGGAGUCGGAGGGAUUUAGAUUAACCUUGUCACCCAAUAAUUCACUCUCCACAUUACAUGGAGAUAUGCCCGUCUUACCCUUGCCGGAGGGAGCUUUUCCGGUGGGUAGAUGGUGUUGGUUUAGAGCAUGAAAAUCAUGCUUGUGACCAAGCUUUUUGCAGAGGGUGCAGUACAGAGGUCUAUCUUCAUACCCACAAUUGGUAAAUAUGUCCCGAGCACCAAGUCUGAUGUGAAUUUUGGAGGGAGGGGGGAUGGAUAAAUCUAUCUCAAUACACACCCUUGCACUUUCCCUCCUAUCUCUACUGACUGUGAAAU